GCCACUUCCGCCCGAGCUUUCUACGCUAACGCUCAUUCAGUCUUCUCUCCCCCCCCCGCCUCCUCUGUCGAUGGCAUGGUGCUAAGCGGCCACGGCAGGAACAACGUAAUCCGUCGACAAUCCUCGUUCGAAUUCGGACAUCUCACGGGAAAUAGUUGACUCGGUUCGGUCCUCGAAUUGAAUGACGGCUAUUCCGUAAAAGCUAAAGACGGCCGUUCGGCUUGCCCAUUCUUCUUCUUCUUCCCUCCUCCCCCCCCUCCAAGGUUAGCGAGCUCGCUGGCUAACGAUAGCCGAUUAAGCGCUGUCGCUAAACUAGUUGAGCUGAAAUUACUCAGGAAGCCGCUAUUACUCCUUACUACGACUUGUAGCUAUUCGUAAGAAGAAGAAUUAAAAAAAAAAAACAUUUGGAGUUGAGGGAAAUUAUGGCGGAGGCCGACAAACUGAACAUCGACUCCAUCAUUCAGCGUCUGCUGGAAGUGAAAGGUUCCAGACCUGGCAAAAACGUCCAGCUGACAGAGAAUGAAAUCCGGGGCCUUUGCCUCAAAUCCAGGGAGAUCUUCCUCAGCCAACCAAUCCUGCUCGAACUCGAGGCGCCUCUCAAGAUUUGUGGGGACGUUCACGGGCAGUACUACGAUCUGCUGAGGCUCUUCGAAUACGGCGGCUUCCCGCCCGAAAGCAACUACCUGUUCCUGGGCGACUACGUGGACCGAGGCAAGCAGUCGCUGGAGACCAUCUGCCUGUUGCUGGCGUACAAGAUCAAAUACCCGGAGAACUUCUUUCUGCUGAGGGGAAACCACGAAUGUGCCUCCAUUAAUAGGAUAUACGGAUUCUACGAUGAGUGUAAGCGGCGGUACAACAUCAAGCUGUGGAAGACCUUCACCGACUGCUUCAACUGUUUGCCCGUCGCCGCCAUUGUUGACGAGAAGAUCUUCUGUUGCCAUGGAGGCCUGUCUCCGGAUCUGCAGUCUAUGGAGCAGGUGCGAAGGGUCAUGCGCCCCACCGACGUGCCCGACCAGGGCCUCCUGUGCGACCUGCUGUGGGCCGACCCCGACAAGGACGUGCUGGGCUGGGGCGAGAACGACCGCGGCGUCUCCUUCACGUUCGGCGCCGACGUGGUCACAAAGUUCCUCCACAAGCACGACAUGGACCUGAUCUGCCGGGCCCAUCAGGUGGUCGAGGACGGCUACGAGUUCUUUGCCAAGAGGCAGCUGGUCACGCUGUUUUCCGCCCCGAACUACUGCGGCGAGUUCGACAACGCCGGCGCCAUGAUGAGCGUAGACGAGACCCUCAUGUGCUCGUUCCAGAUUCUCAAGCCCGCAGACAAGAAGCUGUUCUACAGCGGCGGCGGCAGCAUGGGCUCGGGGCGCCCCGUCACCCCGCCGAGGAAAGCUAAGAAAUGACAGCAGUAGUGAGCCCCACGACCUUUGUCACCCUUCCUUCCUCUCCUCUCUACCUCUCCUUUCUUUCAGCAAACAGCCAGAAAUCAAACCUUUACCCAGGGCUUUUUUCUCCCUUUUUUUUUUUUUUUUAUUAUUAUCUGUACUUCUUAAAACAUUUAAUGUUACAAAUUGUCAGAGCGAGUGCGCCAACGAGUGAAUGUACGCCCCGCGUGCCAGUGCGCAUUAAAAUGGCGAGCGAGUUGUUACCUUUGUGGGAACGUAUUAGAGAAUUGUACUUUUUUCCACGCCCCCUCUUCUCUCUCUCUCUCUCUUUCUCUCAGUCUCUUUCUCUCUCUCGUUCUUUCUCUUGGUCUCCUGCCACUCUUCCUGUGGAAAGGUUGAAACCACACCGCGCGUCUGUACAGCAAUUUGACUGAAAAAGCAAUUCGGCCGGCGGCGCGGCCGACGUGACGAAAUUUUGCCGGCAGGCCCCUGCCAGCAGGUGGCGUGCAUGCGCGGGACCUCGCAAAAAGGGGGGGGGCGUAUUUUGUUUUCCUUUUCCCACCGUACUGUAAAAUCUCCACGUGUGUGUGCGGGCGGGUGCGCGCAUGUCGCACACAUGCACAACUCUUCAGAUUCCUAUGAGCCAGAGCUGUAAAAAAAAAAAAAAAAAAAUACAGUUUAGGUUUGUACAGAUUUGAUUACUUGAAAGAGAUUUUUUUUUUUUUUGUGAAUUCGUUUUGUAGUCUUUGAUCAAGUUGACCAAUAAAGCGAGAAUCUGAGC